AUGGGUCGGCUUCCUAUCCUCAAAAGUCCUCUGACCAAGGCACACUCCCAUCGCGGUGACCAUGUCAAUGAACCAGCCGAACUCAACACGCAAGACGAGAGCCUCUUCGAGAAUCCCCAGUUCGAGCACUAUGAAGCGACCUCCAACAUCCAGCUCUUCUUCGAUCUCUUCUUCGUCGCCAACCUCUCAUCAUUCACCUCCGUCCACGAAAUCAACAGCCGAGACACCCUCGCCUCCUACAUCGGCUUCAUCUGCGUCCUCUGGUUCACCUGGUGCCAGGUAACCCUCUACGAUGUGCGCUUCGCAACAGACAGCAUCUUCGAGCGCAUCGCGCACGCCUGCCACUUUGGCGUCAUGGUCGGGCUCGCCGUCAUCGGGCCCAACUUCCUCACGCCCGACGGCUGGGGUCCGCUGCAGCAGCUCUCGCUGAUUCUCAUGGUCAGCCGGGUGAUUCUUCUGUGCCAGUACGGGAGCACGCUGUUUUUCACCUGGCGGUAUCGCAAGACGCGCGUGCCGCUGAUUGUCGUCAUGAUGUCGCUGGUCGUGGCUGUCUUUGUAUACCUUGGGAUCUCGUUUGCGUUCUAUAACAGGACGGCGUAUGAUGCGUAUAUCGCGUGGUAUGUUCUUGCUGUCGCCGAGGUCGUCCUGGCUGUUGCUGUGGCGGCCUUGUGGCCUGCUGUAUCGCUGUGGAAGACUCAUCUGGUCGAGAGGAUGACGUGUUUGACUUUGAUUAUCCUCGGCGAAGGCAUCAUCGGCCUGACCGGUACAAUCGGCAAAAUCCAGAAGCUCGACGGCGAGUUCACAGCAACAGACAUUGGAACCCUCAUCUCCGCCGUCCUUAUCAUCUACCUCAUCUACCAACUCUACUUUGACAGCAUCCGCCUCGAACCCAUCAGCGGCCGCCGGCAGCACCUCAGCGCAAUCCUGCACUUCCCCUUCCACCUCGCCCUCUGCCUCGCAAUGGAGGGCACGAACCAAGUCCUCCUCUGGGUGCACAUCAGCGGCGACAUCGGCAAGAUCUUCGACCCCUUCCUCAACGCCCUCCUCGACGGAACAACCACGACGCCGGAGCUCCAGACCAUUUUCACCGAGAUGCUCAACGACGUCUUUAGCCGCUUUGACACGACGGAUGUUGUCUUCAACGAGGUCCAGCAUUCGCUUAAUGAGACUCUUGCCCUCCCGGCGACCGCGGACCCCUCGGAGCUUCUGGUUACCGGAUUGGAUGCAGUCACCGAGGCUAUGAAGACUGUCAUCGAGGGUUUCGGGUGGGAGGCUCCGACGGAAAUCGAAGGCGAGGGCAUCGAGGGACUCGAGGCUGCAUUUACCGCGUUUACCUCGGUCUUCAAGAUCACAUUCGGGUACUUUACCAUCUGCACGGGCCUGAUCCUAAUCUUCAUCGCCGUCUUCUCGCUCCUCUCUCUCCAGCCGGGCUCGCACCACAGCAGUGAGAAUCGGCUGCGGUAUAUCUGUACGGGUACCACUAUGGCUGUGGGCUUGGGUAUUGCGCUGCUCAGUCUGACGACCAGGACUGGUGCCGGGGAGAACUUGGGCGAGUCGCCGUGGGCGAUUGCGGGAUUGAUGCUCAUUCUGCUGGCCUUGCUCGUGUUGAAUCAUCUUCCUCGAGGGUAUUACCAUGUCGUUGUUGAGAAGCACGUUUAA